AUGACCUCGUCUCAGGGUAGAAUAAAAUCGGUCGCCAUUAUUGGCGCUGGCCCGUCUGGCGCGAUAGCGGCGGCCGCUCUCAAAGCAGAAAACUACUUUGAGCGCAUCCGGGUAUUCGAACGUCGUGAAACUGCCGGCGGUACAUGGAUUCACGAUCCGGACCCCGGGCCUGUCACCCCCAUCGAGCCGGGGAAGCUACCCUCCGAGAUCGACCCCCAACUAGCCAUACCGCCCAACCUGCCAGCGACAACUUUGCCGGACAGAACGAACCGAUGGGCAACCACGCCUGUUUACGACUCCCUCAGUACAAAUGUUCCUAACAUCAUCAUGACCUUUUCGGAUGCCCUCCUUCCGUACGGCCCCUUUGCACCGCACUACAUCGCCCGGCAGUACGUCGAAAACUACUUUGCCCUACACCAGACGGACACGCUGCUCCGGACGGGCACGGCCGUCGAGGACCUCACGAGGUCACCCGACUCCAAGCACAACGGACAGGGCGAGUGGAAGCUGACGCUAAAGAAGUACGACCCCAUCCGCCAGGUCGACGAGUGGUGGGAGGAGUUUUUUGACGCCGUGGUGCUGGCCAAUGGCCAUUAUGCCGUUCCAUAUGUUCCCAAGGUGAAUGGCCUUGAGGAGUACAUGGAGAGGUUUCCGGGCCGGGUGUCCCACUCGAAGCGGUAUCGCAACCCAAAGCUCUACACCGGCCGGCGCGUCGUCAUCGUCGGCAACUCCGUUUCCGGCCGGGAGCUCAGUGAGGAGCUCGUUGGCGUCGCCCGGGGCCCCGUCUACCUGUCCCGCCGGUCCCCCGCCAUGUGGGAGGGCGACGAGCCGCCGCCCGGCCUCGCGUGGAAGCCCGUCAUCUCCGAGUACCGGGCGGCCGACGGCGCCAUUCUCUUCGCCGACGGCACGAGCCUUACGGGCGUCGACGCCGUCAUCUACUGCACCGGCUACAAGCCGUCCUUUCCCUUCUGGAACGAGGCGGCCGGCGGCAACGGCGGCCCGCUGUUCGAAUACCGCGCCAACCGCCUCGUCGGCUGCUACCAGCACGUCUUCUUCCCAGACCGGCCGACGCUCGGCGUCGUCGGGUUUCCCAGGACCAUCACGUUCCGCAGCUUCGAGUACCAGGCGAUCGCGCUCGCGCGCCUGUGGUCCGGCCGCAACGCCCGGCCGCUGCCGUCCGUGGAGGAGCAGCGCGCGUGGGAGGUUGAGCGCGCGGAGCGCACGCGCGCAGAGGGGAAGCAGUUCCACGAUGUGCCCUGGGGCGCCGAGACCAACGAGUACCUGCGCGAGCUGUUCAACUUUGCGGGGCUGUCCACGCUGGCGGGUGACGGCUUGCUGCCGCCGCCGCUCACGAAGGAGAUGGUGUGGGCGUACGAGAACGUGCUCAAGUGGAAGAUACCAAAGGGGAAAGGGCCGCGGGGCGGCGACGAUAGCCUCCACGAAGACACUGUGAUGCAGCAGUUAGGUGCUGCCUGGCCGGAGCAAACGCCCAGGCUGCAAGAAACUCGCAUUGGGGCGAGCAAAGACUGGGUCGUCGUCGAUAAAGCUGAGGCCAAGUUGGGAGUUGACUAA